AUGACAACUACGGCAACAGAAAAAUAUAUUCAUAUAUCUCCUUAUUUUAUUAUUUAUUUGAAUGCUUUUAUUUCGAUUUUCGGUUUAUUUGGAAAUCUACUCAAUAUAAUUGUAUUUAUUAAUCUUCGAUCAUUUCGUCGUAACCCAUGUGUAUUUUAUUUAAUGAUUGAUGCGAUAGUUAAUAUUGGAUUUUCAAUAACUGCAAAUUCUAAUUCACUUAUUUGGUGUAAAAUAAAAACAAUGUUAAUAAAUUCUUUUAGUCUAAUAUCAAUGUUAAUUACAUGUUUUGCUGCAUUAGAUCAAUUUUUUGCAACAAGUCCUCAUUAUUAUUUAAGACGAAGAAGUACAUUAAAAUUAUCAUAUCGUCUAACGAUAUUAUCUAUUUUUUGUGCAAUUCUAUUUGGUAUUCCAAUUAUAUUGUAUUGUGAUAUUUAUUCAACAGUUGGAUGUAUAAUUAGAAAUUCAAGAUUUUUUUUCUAUUAUUCAUAUAUUCAUGUGCCAGUAUUAUAUGGAAUAUUUCAUAGUUGUAUUUCAUCUCUAUUUGGUUUUUUAGCAUUUCGCGAGACCGAUAAGUCACGUACCUGUUGUCGUAGAAAUGCUAGUAGUACUUGUUAUUGUUGUAACACUAGUACUACUAGUGCUUGUCGUGGUGCUAGUAGUACUGGUGCUUGUCGUGAUGCUAGUAGUACUGGUAGUACGAGUGCUUGUCGUGGUGCUAGUAGUACUGGUGCUUGUCGUGAUGCUAGUAGUACUGGUAGUACGAGUGCUUGUCGAAGAAGUUGUUGUCGUGACGCUAGUAGUACUAGUACUACUGGUGCUUGUCGAGAUGCUAGUAGUACUGGCAGUACUAGUGCUUGUCGAAGAAGUUGUUGUCGUGAUGCUAGUAGUAUUGAUAGCACUAGCGGUUGUUGUAUCUGA